CCUAUUUCUCACCUAUCACUCAACGCAACCCUUUCCUUGCCAUCCCACCGUUUCUCCCUCUUCUCUCUCUUCCUCUUUAAAAUUUCUCUGUUCCAUUCCUCGAACCGAUUGCUUUCCCAUUCUCACAAGGGACCGCUUACUUUCUCCAUUCUUGUUUCCAAAAAAAACAAGAAAAUCUCAUAAAAUAUGGGAAACCUUAGAGACGAUAUUUCCCUAACAAGAUCUCCGGCAGGGAAAUGGUUAGGGUUUGUGACAGCAAUAUGGGUACAAGCAAUAUCAGGAAACAAUUAUACAUUUUCUAAUUACUCAGAUGCUUUGAAAUCGUUAAUGGCGUUAACACAAUUGGAACUUAAUAGUUUAUCAGUUGCCAAAGAUAUUGGUAAAGCUUUUGGUAUUCUUGCUGGUUUAGCUUCAGAUCGUCUUUCUACUCCUGUUAUUUUGUUGAUUGGAUCUGUUGAAGGUUUUGUUGGUUAUGGUGUUCAAUGGCUUGUUGUUAGUCAGAGAAUUCGUCCUCUUCCUUAUUGGCAGAUGAGUAUAUUUCUGUGUAUGGGAGGAAAUAGUACGACAUGGAUGAACACAGCAAUUCUAGUAACAUGUAUGCGUAAUUUUCGUAGAAAUCGGGGUCCUGUAUCCGGUAUCUUGAAAGGUUAUGUGGGUCUGAGCACGGCCAUCUUCACAGAUAUUUGUAGUGCUUUGUUUGCUGAUAAUCCUUCAAAGUUUCUACUCAUGUUGGCCGUGGUUCCGGCUGUUGUUUGUCUUGCGGCAAUUUUCUUCCUUCGUGAAGUUCCACCUACAACUACAGCUGCCCAAGAAGAAGAAGAAUCCAAAUACUUCAAUUUCUUUAAUAUAGUGGCUGUCAUAAUUGCUUUGUAUCUUUUAGCUUAUGAUACCUCUGGGAAACAUGGUCAUUUACUCUCUAUGUUUUUCGCUGGUGGACUACUAUUUCUGCUAGCUUCACCAUUAUCAAUACCUAUAUUUUCUGUUUUUAAGAACUGGGUUCAAACACGUUUAGAUUCAAGCUCCAAUGAUGUUGAAAGUGUUCAGAGCGAUGAAGUUCAAGAACCUUUACUGGUUCAACAAGAUACCCAGACAGAAACUGAACCGAAAUUGGAGGUAGUAGAAGGAAAUUUGGAAGGUGAUGCUGUUGAAAUCAUAUAUCAGAAACCAGUUCUUGGUGAAGAUCACACAAUUCUUGAGGCAGUUCAAACAUUAGAUUUCUGGAUCCUGUUCACUUCUUUUCUCUGUGGUGUUGGUACUGGAUUAGCUGUGAUGAAUAAUAUGGGUCAAAUGGGUUUGGCGCUCGGGUAUGUGGAUGUAUCCAUUUUUGUGUCGCUGACAAGUAUAUUUGGAUUCUUCGGCCGUAUUGGUUCUGGAACUAUAUCUGAAUACUUCCUCAAGAAUGCUGCAACACCUAGGCCACUAUGGAAUGCAGCGUCACAAGUUCUAAUGGCCGUAGGAUACAUUAUCUUAGCUAUUGCACUACCAGGAUCUCUGUAUAUUGGUUCAAUUGUUGUUGGCAUUUGCUACGGAGUUCGUCUAGCUAUCACAGUUCCCACUGCAUCUGAACUAUUUGGCCUUAAAAACUACGGAUUGAUCUACAACAUCUUAAUUUUGAAUCUCCCCUUGGGGUCAUUCCUAUUUUCUGGUUUGCUUGCUGGUUUAUUGUACGACGCAGAGGCAACUAAAACAGAAGGAGGUGGAAACACAUGUGUUGGAGCUCAUUGUUUCAGACUAGUUUUCGUGAUCAUGGCUUUGGCAUGUGUAGUUGGCUUUGUUCUGGACGUGAUACUUUCUAUCCGGACAAAGAAUCUUUACAAGAAAAUUCAAGCAAGUAAGAAAUCUAGGAAAUCAGGUUUCGAACAAAAGAAAACAAUUAAAGGUUAAUUAAGCGCAUACUUCACUUAUUUUAUUUGUAACUUCUCUUUCAUUGGUUUCUUUAGUUUUUUCUUCUGUUGAGAUUGAGUAAAUUUGGGAUGCAAAGAGAAUAUCUCAACCCAGACCUUUGAUUUUGGUCCAUGUUAGGGUUGAACGAGGAGAAAUAAUACCUAAAUGAGGGAUGGGGAAGUUUUGCUCAAGUGACCUUUAUAGGUUAAUCAUCCCAUACACAGUACGUUAGGAGUCAACUUGAAGGUGUAAAAAAUUAGAAGCAUUUUGAUCUUCUAAUUGCUGUAUCUUGUAUGUUUGUAAUCACGGUUGUUUCUUAAAUUCAAUAUAUUUGUCUUAUGAUCAUAGUA